CUCCGGACGACCAUGUUGCUCCGUCGCAGCGGUCACAGAUGGCUACGUGAAAGUCAACAACCGGUUCCGGCGGAGUGAUGAUCGGGAGUCGGGCACAGUCGGGAUAAUCGUGCUGUUGCGUCGGUGUCGUUGAUUUUUACGUUUACACGCGUCUCUUCUCAUUCCACGGCGUGGGUGCCGCGCGUCGUUACGUUCUCGCUGCUCUUCCUUCUUCCUUCGAUCUUCGCGUCUCCUUGUCUGAUACCGCGCGGCUGCCGCCUCUUCCCGUUGUCUCGUUGUCCGGUGAGCGUAUCCAGCCGCGAUCCGCCGAUCGCGGGGAAGCCGUCGCGAAGAUGAGCGCAAAUAAUGUGCAGGCACUCUUCGCGUGCUCCCAGUGCUUCUCCAGGCAUCCCUUCGAGGACCUCUCACCCGGCCAGCAAUUGUGCAAGGAAUGCAGAGGAGCUUUUCCCGUAGUAAAAUGUACAUACUGCAGAUCAGAAUUCCAGCAAACCAUGAAGGGUAACACAAGCACCAUAUGUAAAAAGUGUGAGCAAAAUGUAAAGUCCUAUGGAAAGCCAUCAGCUUGCGAGUACUGCAAUACCAUUGCUGCAUUUAUCGGCAGCAAAUGCCAGCGGUGUACAAAUUCGGAGAAACGCUAUGGACCUCCGGUCACGUGCGAGCAGUGCAAGCAGAAGUGUGCCUUUGAUAGACAGGACGAGGAUAAGAAGGUAGAUGGCAAGUUAUUAUGUUGGCUGUGUACACUGUCAUAUAAACGAGCGUUGGCAAAGACAAAGCAAUCAGACGCAGAGAGACGAGCGCAUAUGAAAAUGGCGCAACAGCGGGCCGCGAAGCACAAAGAACAAAAACUGAAGGGCCACAAUAAAAGACCUCACAGAGUGGAUGUGACAAAGCUGCCGCCACAAUCUGAAGGUGGAGACACGAACGGUCCCACUCCCAUGAAAGCGGCACGAAUGGCCGGCGUGCACGAUCCUCACGAUCCUAAUAGCUCGGAUCACGUGGUAGCAGUCACACAGCUUAAAGAAACGAUAGCGAAUCUUCAGAAACAAAUUAACAUAAAAGAGAAUCAGUUAUUAGCAAAAGAUAGACAAAUUACUGAACUGAAGGCGAAAAACUUCACAUCCGAAACGGAACUGCGUAAUAAGAUGAAAGCGUCAGAGAAAGAGUACGAGACAAAAAUCUCCUCCAUGCAGCAGAAGAUAUCUAGUUUGUUGAAGGAAGUAGCGACACUAUCAAAAUCGUCCAAACGAGCCGAUAGGGUGGCUGCUACCAAGACAGAGGCUGGGACCAACAGCGGAAGUGGAACAGACAGUCCUGUACUUUGAUAAGAAAAUUGGUUAGCUGUGACAACAUACUCAAAUCGCGUACUCGAUAUAAAUAUAAAUCAUGUGAUGAUAAUACAUUAUAUAGUUAAUUGUUUCCAUUAACAAGGCGAAAUUGUAUUAUUUUUCUAUUUACUAUAGGAAUGUAUAUUACUCUCUCAACACGCACCGAAGAAAGGUCAUACUCGUAUCUCCAUUUAGGGGAGAUCGAUAAUGCAAAUGACAAUUUAUAUAUGAUUAUGGGUCUAAAAAUAGUUUUUUCCCCUUUUUAUUUUUUGGCGAAUGCCAGAACCCCUUUUAUUUUUAUUCAACUUGUUCGACUUUGGUUAGCGACUUUGGUUAGUUAAAUACAAAUGACAAAUUAAAUCUUCUUUCAUGUCACAAAGUUGUUGCGAAAUCAUUAUGGAGAUUUCGAGACAGACUUGGAUUGAUUGUACAAUACACAUGGAAAUAAUGUGGCAGCGUAGCAUUUUAUUAUUUAUGAUAAUGAUGAUGUAAGAUGAUGAAACAUAUGACUUGUAGAUCAAUUUACAAUAAAAGCUGAAAAAUUAA